GAACCGGCACCAAACCCUAGCGCAGAGCGGAUCGCCAAGCGCCAGCAUCGCCUUCCUCCGAGUAGCUACUUCUGAAUCACGGCGGCCGUGGAUCCGAGCUCGUGGUCGGAACCGUUGAAGCAGAUCACUUUCCUACCCCUUUUCCACCGUCUGAAUCUCCAUCUCCACCCGCGUUUCACAUUUUAGCUCAGUUCCGUUUUCUUGAUGGCAAUGCCUGCUGAUCUAAGGACCCCAUAGAUUGCCGUGACUGUAAUGGCUUGGAGAAGCCUUUAUCUAUGGAGAUGCAGUGAGACUGCGUUGGAAACUGCAGCAACUGGUUGUCGAUUCUACAGGACAAAACCUAAGGCUGUAGACUUGAGGAAGCUUAGGCCGAUGAUUUUGAAGAGGAUCGAGAACCGGGCAAAGGAUUAUCCAGUGAAGGGAAUGGUACCUGUGGCUGAGGAGGUCCUCAAAUUUCGAGCUCUGCUCUACCAUGGAGUAUCCACCCUCCUCCAACAUUUCCCUGUGUGGGCAUGCAAAUAUUGUCAGGAAGUGUAUGUUGGAGAAAGCGGACACUUAAUUCGAACCUGUGGUGGUUAUAGGCGCCGUUCAAAGAACCAGCUUCAUGUAUGGACCAAUGCAACUUUAGACAACAUCCUACUCCCUGUUCAAACUUUUCAUCUGCACAACAUGUUUCAAAACAUCAUCAAACACCAGGAAAGAUUUGAUCAUGACAGGAUUCCCGCUGUUGUGGAGUUGUGUUUGCAGGCCGGUGCCAACCCAAAUGAUGAAACCAUACACAAACUAAGCAUGGAUUUGGAAAGCUAUUUGAGAACCGAAACCUCAUUCGAGCAGAAACUGAUGUUGGCAGGGAUGGAGACACUGAAAGCUUGGGAAACGGUCAGAUCCGGAGUGGAGAAACUUCUUUUGGUUUAUCCUGCAAAGGUCUGCAAACACUGUUCAGAAGUUCAUGUGGGACCCUCCGGACAUAAGGCUCGGCUUUGUGGUGUAUUCAAGUAUGAGAGUUGGCGGCGAGGGCAUUUUUGGGAGAAGGCAAGCGUGGAUGACUUGCUCCCUCAGAAUGUAGUUUGGUACAGACGACCCCAAGACCCUCCAUUGCUAGUUGAUGAAGGUCGGAACUAUUAUGGUCAUGCUCCUGCAGUUAUCGAUCUAUGCACGAAAGCGGGGGCCAUCCAACCAUCUAAAUAUAACUGCAUGAUGAAAGUUGAUGGGUUAUCACCGCCCGUAGCAGCCACAACUUAGUGACAUUCAUCAUUUUCCGAGGAUUAUAAGGCCUUCGGAUUAUAAUACUCCUGGUACAGCACUAAUAAACGACAGAAUUCUCUCCAUGUCUGGCGAUUUUGCUAAGAUUUAUAGACGGGACUUAGCUCGGAAAAUUGCCCGCUAAAUUGAGGAUGCUUCUGGGCUCUUUUGGAUACCUGGUCUAAUUCAUGCUUUUAAGAAGGGUUAAUGUUGCUCAAACCUGAAUGUUGGAGGCCUACAGGAAUGUCACUUUAGAGGACCCCUGGCAUCGUGUUGUGGUGCAAAAGUACGGGGAUGCAAAUCUAGGUAGCUACGUGAUUAUAGCAACUCGACACGAGUGCAUAGUAGUCGAUCACAAUGUUCCAUGUCGACCGUAAAUGAUUGCGACGAUUUCUCCCCUAUAAAUACAUGUAUUGUACUUUU